AUGGGAGGCGAACCAAAGAAUAAGAAGGUGGACUCAAGAUCUUCCCCAAAAUGGGGAGGAACUGGAGGCCCUCCCCAAGGCAGGUAUAAGCAGUUCACCCCGCUCAUAGCUAUGGCAGAGCAAAUCCUUAGCAACCUACAAGAUGACCCAGACCUCAAGUGGCCCAAGAAGUUGAGAACUGAUUUUAAUAGGAGAAUUGAGGACAAAUACUGCAGAUUCCAUAAGGACCAUGGUCAUAACACGGAUGAUUGUACUGGCCUAAAGCAGCAAAUCGAGGAUCUGAUUCAAAGAGGGAGACUUCAACAUUUUGUAACGAAGAAGUAUCAGAAACAAUCCAGGAGGGAAGAUACAAGCAAGGAAGGUAAAGAUGGCAUGACGCCCUGGUCAAGUCCCAUUGGAGAGAUCAAGGUCAUCCAUGGAGGAUUUGCCGGAGGUGGAGAGUCUAGCAAUGCUAGGAAAGCUCACCUAAGGAAGCUGAGAGCAGAGAAACAUUUGAAAAUCCCUCAUGAUGACCCCUUGGUUAUAACCAUUGUCGUGGCAAACUACCUCACACGCAGAGUACUGAUAGAUAGCGGAAGCUCAGCCGACAUCCUCUACCUCCACGCGUAUGACCAACUAAAUGUUGGACAAGAAAGGCUAAGGCCUAUGACAUCACCACUAGGUGGAUUUGCACGUACGCCCGCUUAUCCAGCUGGUCAAAUAGCCCUACUAAUCACCAUGGGAGAAGAAGGAAGUUAG